CGAGACAAGGAAAUCUGUUGUGUGUGUACAGUGCACAUCCUGCGCACAGUGAGAGUUGUCUGUUGUGAAUCACAGAGUUGAGAUAAGUGAUUGGCAGAUUGGGUGUUUGUUUUGCCGUCUGAACGCCCCCCGGACGCUGAAUUUGUAAGGCCGCCUCACCGGUUUGCUCCACUUCGUCCAUUUCGCCUUGUCGUCCGUCCCCUUCUGCCGAAAUGUCGGGCACUGUCAAAGUCUGUGAAAUCUCCGAAGAAGUCCGUGAGGCUAUGAAGAAAUUUCGCUUCCGCAAGCACGAUAACAAUGCUGCUCUCGUGUUAAAAGUCGAACGGGAGAAACAGUUAAUAAUAAUAGAAGAUCUGUUUGAGGAUAUCAGUCUGGAAGACUUGAGAGAGUCUCUCCCUGGACAUCAACCUCGCUAUGUGGUCUACAGUUACCGCAUGCAGCAUGAGGAUGGUCGCAUAUCGUUCCCUCUUUGUUUCAUUUACAUCACUCCAAGGGACUCUCAAAUGGAGCUGCAAGUGAUGUACGCUGGAAGCAAACUAGCUCUGCAGAAAGAAGCAGAUCUCACAAGGGUCUAUGAAGUCCGAGAACUAGAAGAGCUUACUGAUGAGUGGCUCCAAGAAAAGCUUUCAAAGUAAAAUUUAUUACAUGUUUUUUCUGAUAAUGUCAGAUUUGUUUACCAAAUUUUAAAUUACAACUUAUGAACUAGGUAGAUCCCAAUGGUUGUGCCAUUGUGAAUCUUGCCAUGCUUUCAAGCUUCAUUUUAAUGUGGUGGAUACACUGGUAUUUUCCCUUUGUUUUAUUGGCAUGAAAGUCAGUGAUAUCUUUCCAUACUUUCAGCGUAUCACUGUAUAGUUUUGUGAUCUACUUUGCAUUUUCCUGCUCUGCUAGCUUUUGUUUUUAUGCUCGUACUAUUGGAUGUUUAUUUUGUCUUCCACUACUGUUGAUGCGGGUACUGUAACUUAAAACAAGAGAAUGCAUUUAAUAAUGUUGCUGUGAAGUGAAUUUAUAGUAAUUGGUUAAGUACGCACAAAUAUCUUCUUUCUUUUUAAAGAUCCACUAUUUAUGGACUCUCUUUUAAUUUCUUUUCAAUUUGUAAAACUUCACUUUUCCACAGUUUCCAUUUUCCCCAAAUCUACGGUCUGAUUUUGCUUUAGUGUUUGAUAUUUUCAAGUUUGUGAUGGUGUAAGUAAAUCUCUCUUUUGUUCCAGCAGCCAUAUUUUUAUUGAUCUCCAUCCACUGAGAUUACAUUGCCUUCCAUUUUGUUACAAAUCUUUUUCAUAAUCAAAUAUUGUAUUUGUAGGAAUAUUUUGAACACUGCCAAUUAAUGUGUUCUGUUAAAAGCAGGAAUGAGGUGAUUCUCUUAUUCUACCAUGCCUGAUAACAGUUUCUGUUUAUCUCUGUCCAAAUUUUUAUACAAUACAUGUAUACAGUACUAUGAUACAAUGUCUUUUUAAGUGCCGGUAGUGUAUUAGAAUAGGAAUUUAUCGGAUUGUAUACAGUGUCUGGUUAAUGUUACUAAAAACAAAACUGCUUUUGAAAACUUUUUUUACCAAAUUGACUAGUCAAAAACUGUUUUGUGUUGAUCUGUGGUAAGUUUCAUUUCAAGUAUACUCUGUUGUUUUGUGAUCUUUUUAGAAUAUUGUUUCCAUUGCUCGCAUAAGUGUGUAAUUAGUUGGUAUGUAUUUCUCUUAUAAUUUUCGUCUUCACUGAUUGAAAAUUGUGGCAUGCGUGAAGACAAGGUUACCCUGAAGACAUUUUUUAAAUGUUGUAUUAAUUUUGUUGUCAUUUGUCUGUGUACUACAGUAUUCCAAUCAUACUUUAAAGAGUGUAGUCUUGUAUGAUGUCAAAGGUUAGUGUGUUGAUUUUAUACAAACUUUUAUAAUGGUAUCCAAUGUAAUCCCUUAAAGUUUCAUGCAACUUUGUGUUAAAAUUCAGACAGUUUCAAAGAUCUUCUACAAAUAAGCAUUGUCGAUGAUGCAUGAAACCUCAAAAUAAAUGUAUAUUUGUCAUA